UUUGACAGCUACUGUAGGACCAGAUGCUGCGUUCACCAGCUCCACUCUCACACCGCUGCUUCACCUCAAUGGAUGAGACUUCACCGUGACCCAAAAGCAGUCAUUGAUCGCAGAUAGCCCGCAUUUUACUUUUCAUCUUACCUCUGUCAUUGAACUGUUACAUACCUCCAGACAUUAAGGACAAACACUGCAGUUCCUCUGCUCAUCGACAUAAACCUGACAGUAGCAAAAACAAUGACAGAAGGCGGGAAUCACGUGGCAGAAGAAGGGGAUACAGCCGUUAAGUAUGAGGUGCCCGCCGGCGUGCCCGCGGAGGAGAAGCGGUCGGAGGAGGAGGACGCGGAGGAGGAGGACGGGGAGGAGGAGAAGAAGGUGAACGGGGACAGCAGAGUGGCGGAGCAAGCCGCGGCUCCCGGAGCGGCGGAGGUCGAGUUUGUGCACCCCGAAGGCGGCUGGGGUUGGGUGGUCAUGCUGGCGGCCAUGUGGUGUAACGGAUCGGUGUUCGGGAUCCAGAACGCCUUCGGUAUUCUCUUCCUCUCGCUGCUGCGGGAGUUCGGCUCCGAGGAGGACGCUGACCUCCGGUUCAAGACAGCAUGGGUGGGCUCCCUCUCCAUGGGGAUGAUCUUCUUCUGCUCCCCCAUCGUCAGCGUCUUCACCGACAUCCUCGGCUGCAGAGUCACGGCAGUGGGCGGCGCUGCUGUCGGCCUGGUCGGCCUGCUGGCCAGCUCCUUUGUCACGUCCCUGGGCCCCCUGUAUUUUACCUAUGGCAUUGUGUUCGCCUGCGGCUGCUCCUUCGCCUACCAGCCCAGCUUGGUCAUCCUGGGCCACUACUUCAAGAAGCGCCUGGGCCUGGUGAACGGCAUCGUGACAGCCGGCAGCAGCGUCUUCACCAUCACCUUGCCCUUCGCGCUGUCGCACCUGCUGGAAAAAGUGGGCCUCCACAACACCAUGCGCGUCCUCUGCAUCCUCAUGUUUGUGCUGAUGCUGGCCGGCUUCACCUACACGCCCCAGCUGCCGGUCAAAUCCAGCAAGACCCGCACAGGCCGCCGGUGCCCACCCCUGAGCCAGAUCUUCAACCUCAAUAUCUGGAAGUCCUUGGGGUAUCGCAUUUGGGCCUUUGGCAUCCCUGCAGCCCUCUAUGGCUACUUCGUGCCUUACGUUCACCUGAUGAAGCACGUGGAGGAGCGCUUUGGACCGGAUGCCAGUAAAGAAGUUCUGCUCAUGUGCAUCGGCAUCACGUCCGGCGUGGGCCGCCUCAUCUUCGGCAGGGCGGCAGACUACGUUGAUGGAGUCAACAAAGUCUACCUGCAGGUGACCUCCUUCUUCGUCAUCGGCCUCAUGUCCAUGAUGAUCCCUCUGUGCAACAUCUUCGGCGGGCUGAUCGCCGUGUGCCUGCUGAUGGGACUGUUCGAUGGCUGCUUCAUCUCCAUCAUGGCCCCCAUCGCCUUCGAGCUGGUCGGGGCCGACGACGUCUCCCAGGCCAUCGGCUUCCUGCUGGGCCUGAUGUCCGUGCCCAUGACCGUGGGACCCCCCAUCGCAGGUUUCCUGAGGGACCGACUGGGUAGCUACGACGAGGCCUUCUACCUGGCCGGCAUCCCCCCGAUCGUCGGAGGAGCCCUGCUGUGUCUGAUACCCUGGGUGGAGGCCCGGCGCAAGAGGAGGGAGAAGGAGGAGGCGCUGACCAAGGACCAGGGUGUCACCGAGAAGAUGAUGGAGCACGAGAAGUCUCAGGAAGCCGCUCAGAGCAGAAGCGGAGAGUCGGUCCUCUAAAGGCCCCGCUGAGCAGACUUAAAAGAGAGACACGCGGGGUCAGACUGAGGCUGCUGGGUACCGACAUACAGUGGGAGUAAGAUUGCAAUGACUGCCUUCAGUAGGAGAACGUGCCAAAGAAACAUAUCAGAUAGAGUUGAAGUCCAGCUUAACGUGAAUGUGAACCUGAAGAACUAUGCAUUAGAUUGUUUGACUGAACUAAUCUUAACAGGCAAACUUGAAGUUUUAAAUGGAAAUUGAGACCGUUUCAGUUUUGUGUUUGUGUUGCUGUGCUGACUAAGUGCAGUGUAACAGCUGGUCAUGCACAUCUUUAGCCAGUGUCUCUUUCGGAUGGCAUUCUUAAGGGAAGGGAUUCUUUACAGUCAGUUUUCAACACCACCAUUUUGUUUUUAGAUGUAGAAAUGUGGCAUAAAAUAAAGAACACAUGUCGGGUUAUACAAGACAGGAACGCAGUCAUGUGGGGGAACAUAACUUGACUUGGACUUUACAUAUUUGCUCUGCGUCAGUGCAAAUCAAACUGGUCUGCUAAAGAUUUCUCCUCAAACCUGCCAUCUUUAUUGUUGCUUAAAGCCAAAUAUGUUGCUACUGUCUGGGAGUAUUCUGUUCAUAGUAUUU